UGUAUGGCUCCAGGCAAGACACGUAACCAAGCUGAAAUAUUUUCCCCAGCUGCAAGAGCUGUAGCACCAAAUACAAGGAGGGCCUGUGAGAUUUAACAGAAUUUUACAGAAAGCCGUGAGAUCCCUGCUAGAAAGCUGCUACAGAAAGGCAAGUAUUACAGUAUGUCAAACUACUGUUCAUAAAUGAGCUCCUUGGCUCCACAUCAGAGAAAAGCAGUGCCUGGAACUCCCUCUGUGAACAACCCUGAUGAAGAGGGUUGGGACAGAUGGGAAACAGAUGUGAAAACACAGCAGGAGAGCGGCAAACUCCACCAGCAGCAAACUCCACUGACUUGGGCAGGCAGGUUAUUUGGUGUACCAGCACCGGAGAGCAGACUUUCCCUGCCAACCACACUGAAGAGGCUGGAGAAAAGAGGUGUCAAGGCUUUUAUACAGAGUGGAAGAACAAGGAUGGGAAUUGUGUCUGGGUCCUUCUAGCAAGUCUCUCCUGGAGGAGAAGAAGCAGCGACCAAGCAUCGUCAGAAAGCAACAGUCUCAGCUAAGGGCCCAAGCACUGCAGAGCAGCUCUGCCCAGUACCUGGACCAGCCAGGCCCUGUGGUCAGGGCCGUAACGCACGGGGCCCGUGUGUCCUUUGCCACCGCGGAACCUGUUUGUCCAGCGCCCGAGGGAAGGAGCCCAUUAAACGGAGCCUCUGGGACGCGUCCCUCAGCCGGGACACGUGCGGAACUGCCGCAGGCCCAGCACGGGUGACGCUGGAGCUCAACACGUUGUUUAUGGGUCAUGUCCAGCGGGUGCCAUGAGGGCUGAGGAGCCUCGUCCCAGGCACCACAGAUCCUGCACCCCAGUGGAUCAGAUGUUGUGAACCGUUUCUGGGCUGAGCUGGUUUUGCAGUGCAUCCGGAAGUGUGGAGCACCAAGCGUCCGUCAUGUCUGACUGGGUGCUCCUCGGGCUGAUUGCAGUGCUGCUCGUGCUGCUGCUUUUGACCGUCUUUGGCUUCGCUGUCUACUCGGGGCUCUUCACAGAGGUGGUUGUGAGUGCUGGCUCCCCACCUGUCGGCAACAUCACACUGGCCUACAAGUUCAGGAUAGGCCCCUAUGGUGAAUCUGGGCAGCUCUUCACAGACGGCUGCAGCAUCUCGUCGAAGCUCUACUCCAUUGGUGUCUACUAUGACAACCCGCACACGGUGUCUCCAGAGAAAUGCCGUUUUGCCAUAGGCCGAAUCCUCAGUGAGGGAGAUGCAAAGCCAUCAGAAGAGCAAGUCAAGCGGUUCCAGAAGUAUGGCUUCAAGAUCUUCUCCUUUCCUGCCCCCAGCCAUGUGGUCAUGGCAACCUUCCCAUUCACUACACCAUUGUCCAUCCAUCUAGCAAUCAACCGUGUUCACCCAGCCCUUGACACCUACAUCAAGGAAAGGAAGCUGUGUGCCCACCCUCGAAUCGAGAUCUACAAGGAGGACCGCAUCUACUUUGUGUGUCCCCUUGCCCGCCAAGGGGACUUCUACGUGCCUGAAAUGAAAGAACUGGAGAGGAAGAGCAGGGCUGCUGCAGCUGAGGCCGAGGAUGCCCAGACAGACAUCACAGGGGCCGACACCCUGAGUGAGGCGAGCUCCGUCAGCAUAGAGGCCACAACUGACAGCAGAGACACCUCAGUGGCCACCUCCAUCCUGCUGCCAUUCCCAGCCAGCCGUGGCCGGGAGGAGGCAGACAACCGCAGCGAGCACAGCUACAGUGAGUCGGGAGCCAGCGGUUCCUCCUUUGAGGAGCUGGACCUGGAGGUCACCGUGGAUGGGGAAGGAGCCCCAGGCCUGCUGCCCGACGCAGGCUACGCAGGCAGCCAGGAGGCCACAGACAAGUGGACCAAGGAGCCCAUCGCUGCUGAGAGAGGAGAAGAGUGAUGUGGAGACCUGGCUGCCUCACCUUCCAACCGGGUCUGAGCUACUGGGAAACAGUUGCUUUUCCCAUCUCCUUCCUCUCCAGCCAAGAGAUUUCAGUUGCUGAUUUCCUUCAAGACCCACUCUCCCUCUUUGCAGAAAGGGUGUUAGGCCAUUUCAGGGAUGCCGGGAGGUAGGGGGGUCUCCUGCAGUGCCUGGUGGUGCAGGGUGGGUGCAGGCUGGGGGCAGUGAAAUGCAUUUGCUGUUUGUGUGUCUCUAGAUGCGUUGUAUAUUCCUUGCAGGAGUUUUGGGGGGGUGGUAAUGGAUGGCAGAGGUGUCCCCCAGCAUCUCUGCUGGUGCCCCUCUCACCCAAAGCUUCUCUCUGCCGCACUGCCACACAUUUUCUAGCACCAAAGAGCCGUGAGUAGGAUUGGAUUUGAUCCCCUCUUCUCUUCCCCUUGCUGAAAAAUGGAAACAUCCUGUGUAAACCUGGUCUUCCUGACACUGCCACGGGCACUUUCUGGGGUCUGUAAUAAAGUGGAUGCUUUUCCUCA